AUGGAGGUUUUAGACGAUCCCCUCGACGGUGAAGCAUCCCCUCCUCCGGAUGUGAACUUGGACCUCGGCCGAAGUCUACAAGUUCAGAUAGACGUCAAGGGGCUCGUAGGAGAUGCAGUCGGAAACAUGAGUAUAAGUCCUACGAGCCGUGAUGUUGUUCUUGCGGCGCGGAAGGGACUGUUCAUAAUAGACCUGCAAGCCCCUCUUGAGAUACCUCGCUUCCUACCUCAAGGCGGGACUUGGGACGUCGCAGACGUGCAAUGGAAUCCUCACCGAAGUCACGGGAAGUACAUAGUAUCUACAUCCAGCGAGAAACUCUUAAUCUGGGACCUGUUGCUUGUCGGCAAGACGUCUAUUGAACAUAUAUUACACUCGCAUUAUCGCGCCAUAACAGACAUCAACUGGCAUACCAGUGAACCCGACUUGGUUGUUAGUACGGGGAUUGACUCAUGGCUAUGGUGCUGGGAUCUGAGGGACCUUCGUAAUCGUCACAAGCCCGUGUUUGGUGCGCUUAAUUGGCCACACCACCAUGCUGCUCCUCAAUCCCCCCUGCUAGGUGCCGGGACUCAGGUCAAGUGGAACAGACAAGAUCCUCACCUUCUGGCGUCGUCGCAUAUGAAUGAAGUGUUAAUAUGGGACCGUCGCAAAGGCUCUAUGCCUGUCGAAACUAUACAAGCUCACGACGCGAAGAUCUAUGGGAUUGACUGGGCCCACCACUCACCGCGUGAACUUGUAACAUGCUCUCUUGACAGAUCUAUAAAGGUAUGGGACUUCAGUACAGCCUGUCCCGUCAAAGGCACAUGUCACCCGAAAACGACCAUACACACCAGAUAUCCUGUCUGGAGAGCGAGAAAUCUGCCCUUCGGCCAUGGCAUUCUGAGCUUACCUCAGAGGGGCGAGACUGUACUGGAAAUGUAUGCCCACGAUGACCCUCGCAAUCCAAUACACACCUUUGAAGGACAUACCGACGUAGUGAAAGAGUUCGUAUGGAGGCGAGGUGAAGGAGGCGAAGAAUUCCAACUCAUCACAUGGUCCAAGGACAGGACGCUGCGUUUCUGGCCCAUCACCCCUGACGUUAUGCAGAAAACGGGAUGCAUCCCUAAAUGCGCAGUCAAACGGACAGUCAAAUCCAAGGUGGAAGAGGACAUUUCUUACCGAAAUCCACCGAUAGGAAAUGACCGCUCUCCUGCGCUGUCUGCGCCGGUUGGUCAUCGAUCAAUCCUUGCGGAAGUCAGAGCACCGCUACCUCCUCGACCGCCUUACACGCAUAGACAUGAUCACUCAAGUGGAGCUCACGAGAGAGAUGGCUCGGCCAGAGGAAAUGUACCCUCCAGUACUACCUCGACGCCGAUUCACAUCACUGGGAGAGCUGGAGGAACGAUGACCCGCGGGAAUUUAGGGGGUAGGUCGGCGCGCAUGAACCCUUUAGACUGGCUGUCGAGCGUGAAGGUCGAGAAAAGAAGAGAGAGCUUCUCUGGACCCGGAAGUGGCGUUCACGGCGGCCACAAAUCGCGAGGCAGCUCUGCGUCCACGGCUCCAUUACGCGCCGACCUGCCUGGUUCGCGAGUAGUAUCUGACCAAUGGCCACGAAGUUCUAGCCAGACUAGGGGAGAAGAAGCCUCCUCCCCGAGUCAGUCCUUGCAAGACGAGAUAACCGCUGUCCUGACAAAGUUGGCCUCGCAUAAAAUACGCCUCGAAAAACACGACCUCAUGAAGAAACGAACGUGUACACUUGGUCUACAUGGCCCAUGGGGGGAUUCCUCGUCCUACGUGUUCAUCCGAGUUACAUUCACAUUUCCCAGAGCCUACCCUCAGGCAGCGCAUCCCCAAGGCACUCCGACCGUUGAUCUUGAGCGCAACCCUCUCAUCAGCAUGAAGCAUCGUACUUAUAUCCUCAGACGGCUGCGGAAUAUCAGGGAGACCAAGCGUCCAUGCUUAGAAGCGUGCCUAACAUUUUUGCUUUCCGGCCGUGAAGUCGAUCGCGAGAAUGCCGGUGUGCCACCGGCUAUGGACUCAGAAUCCGAGGAUGAAGGGGCGCGGGGCAGGGGUGUCACGGUCUCGCUAGUCAGAAGCAACAAAAACCUGGCUGAGCCAAGGACAUCACAAGGCGUCUUUGGGCCUAAUGGUGAACUCGUCUGUUUCUUCAGAGCGCCGCCUCGUAUAGUGCGAAGCGCGAUCAGGGACGUCUCCGCGACGCCCUCGGUGGCAUCCCACAUGCAAGAGAGCACGUCGCGUCUACCGCCCCCGGCCGGGUCUGUGAUUGACGCGAUGCAGCGUCUCGCUGCUGCCGCUAGCGAUAGGGUUGCCCCUCCGGUACCGGGCGGUAGUGAUAAUACCGAUAAUGUCCUCAGAGUGAUGACAAACCUGUUAACAUUCACCCACCCGAGAAGUAAACAGCGGCAAGACCGAAGCAAGACGGCUGACAGCGGCCGCGGCAGCUUUUCCCUGGUAUCGACAAGGCUGAGCACCGUCUAUCUUAAGGAUGCAUCACAUAUCACGGGAGUCGAUUCCGUAAUCGCCGCAGAAUAUGUGUUCUCAGGCUCGAGUCCCCUGGAAGUCUGCAAGCGAAAUUCGGAGUUCGCCAGGAAAUUAUGCCGAUUUGAUGACGAACGGGUGUUUAAAGUAUUGCAUGCGCUUAUGACUAGUAAGGACGACACUAGUCGGAGCCAAUUCUCCCACCAGCACCCUAUUUUAUCUCCUGUAUCAGAUUCAAUACUGAGUCGCCUGUACAAUCAAUUGUGUCAGGAGAAAGACGUCCAAAUGCUCGCUUUUCUUGCAUCUGUCAUUCUGCAUGUUCAUCUUAGUUCUCGACCAUCCCGUAAGGUCAUGAAAUUCUCUCCUGCACUUUCCAGUGCAUCCCAUAAGGCGUCCCUAGACUAUUUCAAUGCCCGUCCACGAUCGGAUAGUCGACCUCACACUGUCUCUUCUUCCGUUAGCAGACCCCGUCCACCAUCCUCUCCGGCUACCCCUCCUGGUCCAAUGGUUUCUUCUUCAAAUUCCUCAAAGGGGUCAUGGUCAAGUCUAUUCUAUACGACAGGCAUGCGGAAUACGGUUCUGGGAGGGCAGGAGUCACCUCAAGAUAGUGGUCAGACGGGUCUGCCAUCCGCGACGAAGAUGGGUGGUCAUUCUAUCCCGGUUCCCGUGAUCGCAGACAAGCUAGCCCAAGAUGCUUUGCGCAGGAGGGCAGUGCGCCAUGGCUCUCCUGCUAACCCGUCUCCCUCCAAUUCGAAGUCAUGGAACGAUGUUCCGUUAUCCAUCUCGCGAUCGAUGUCCUCUAUUCCUUCAGUCGGACGCAUACGUCGCCGAACCUUCUCGCAAGUUGUCAGGCCGGAGGUUUCGCCUGCAAAGAAGAGUCUGGUCUUCAAUUUUGAGGAACAGAGCGGUACAAAUUCCUCUACAAUGUCUGACCCAGCUAUGCUGCAACAGCUGAUCAGUCAUGUCAUAGUGUACUCCGAGAUGCUCUUUAGAUGGGGAUUGUUGCAGAAACGCGCUGAGUUAAUCUCAUCCAUCGGUGGCGAAGGGAUCAGAUUGCACAAUUUCCAAGAAUGCAAGGAGGAGAUUACGCGUAUCUGCCCGCGUUGCGGUGUGGACGACAUGCAACCACGCAAGAGUAGGAUCCACUGCCCCAACUGCGACGCGCGUCCAGGGAAAGCAAGCUGCGCUAUCUGCCGUCUGCCUGCGGAAGGUCUCUCCUUCAAUUGCCUGAAAUGCCGUCAUGCCGUACAUAUCGCUUGCCAGAGCAGGUAUGAAUUCACGACUUGUCCGACAGGAUGCGGUUGUGCUUGCGCAGCGAAUCACAAGGGGUGGCAUAGAUUCGCAGUGGCUCGGCUAACAGCACAACAUGGACUUCCUUCCUGA